AUGUUGCAUUUGGCUACUUCUCUAGUCUCUUUGUGGCUAGCCACACUACCUCCUGCUGCUUUUGCCGCAGGCUCGGGCCCAGUGGUACAUGGCGCGGAUGGUCUGUCUUACGUUGGGACUCGAAAUACCACCUCCCGUCAGGACUACUUUCUCGGUAUCCCGUUUGCCCAGCCUCCAGUUGGUCGACUGCGCUUUAAGCCGCCAGUCGCUUGGGCUCCUGGCAACACUACAGAAGUGGAUGCGACCCAGUUUGGUGCAGGUUGUCAACAAGCAACUGGAUAUGUCCCCACUAACAACACCCUUUCCGAGGACUGUCUCACUCUGAAUAUAUGGAAACCAACAAAUGUGGCCGAGAAGCCUCCUGUCAUGGUUUAUAUUUUCCCCCCGGGUCAAGCGGCUUACAACGCAGGCGGAAGUAACCUUGGCUUCAAGGACCAGCGUCUCGCGCUCGAAUGGAUUCACAAAAACAUUGAGUAUUUCGGGGGCGAUCCGAAUAAAGUUACGCUAUUUGGUACUUCCGCCGGAGGAGUUAGCGCAAGUAUUCAGACUCUUUAUAACAAAGGCAAAAUAGGCGGGCUUUUCCGAGGAAUCAUCCUGGAGUCUGGGCCACCCGAGACUCUCCAUGCGCUUAGGCCUGAUGACCCAGUACGAGAGGCUGCAUUCCGUCUUAUCGCAAAUGCUACCGGGUGCUUAGGGGAUCCGUAUGUAUUUGAGUGCGUGCGGAAUGCACCAGCCGAUACUCUCAUUCAAGCCAAUAAAGAUGUACUUGCACUUGAGCCUUACUAUCGAGCGAAUGUACCAGCUCCUACAAUAUUCGGACCAACGUACUCACCGGAUGACGAGUUUAUCACCGAGCCCAUACACGACCUUAUACACAGUGGCAAGUUUGCGAAAGUUCCCAUUAUUAGCGGAGGUAUAGUUCCUUAUCCAGUCAUCAUGAUAUCAAUGUCUUAUACCCUCCAAGCCCAGCUCGAUGAAGGACCCGUAUUCUUUGAUGGUCCGGCGGUCAACAUCAGUUCCGAACAAGAUAUCAUCAAUUGGUUUACCGCGCGCUUCCCGGCUCUCUAUAUUGGAAUGUCAAACUUGACCUCUAUCACCGAGUUAUUGAAGUUUUAUCCUACGUCACCUGCUGCUGGAUCACCCUACGGAACUGGUAACGAGACGUUUGGAAGAGGUGCUCAAUUCAAGAGAGCCUCUAGUGUAUUCGGGGACUACCUUUUCCAAGCACCCCGCCGGGACCAUCUUGCUUCGGCGACCAAGUUUGGAGUCAAAUCAUGGACCUAUAUACUCAAAGAAUCACCCUUGAUAUUCCCACCCCAGUACGGUAUCGGCCACGGAGGGGAUGUGCCAUUCGUGUUUCAAACACUGAAUAUUGACAGCCCGAAUGCCUCCCCAGCAGCAAUUGAACUGAUGCGCACUAUUGGUUCCUACUGGCGAGACUUCUUGACACAAUCUCACCUGUGGGCAGACAUUCCAAGCCCAAUAUUAAUCUUGACCGCCCACCCGGAUGACGAAUGCAUGUUCUUCUCGCCCACUAUUCUCGCGCUCAAGAAGCAAAGAAGGGAGCUGAGAGGUCUAUGCCUAAGCGUUGGAAAUGCAGACGGGCUAGGUCCCACACGCGCACAAGAAUUCGUAUCAAGCUACGCAGUCUUAGGUCUUAUUCCCGAAGAGCUCGAAAUCUUGGACCAUCCGGAAUUACAAGAUGAUAUCAAAACCUCGUGGAAUACAAGUCUAAUUGCGGAUAUAGUCAAUAAAUAUGUGAAAAGCCAUAGGAUCCAGUCUAUUAUAACAUUCGACCAACACGGCAUCUCGUCCCACCCAAACCACAUAUCCCUUUAUCACGCUGCCUCGUCCCUCAGGCCCCAAGUCCAACUCUGGACGCUUUAUACGACCGGCGUUCUCGCCAAGUAUACUGGAUAUUUGGGUGCAGUUUUCCCAUCGGCUAGCGAUCAAGGGGUGAUUUUCGCUUCGGGGAUCGAAGGGUACCUCACGGCUCUGAGCGCUAUGAAUCAGCACUGGACGCAGCUGGUUUGGUUCAGGUGGCUGUAUGUAGGAUGGAGUCGGUAUAUGUGGGUGAAUGAGUUACGAGAGGCUUGA